AUGUCGUUCGGAGAUGAGGGUCGGUGGGAACGCGGUGCCGUUGCAGGGUGCCUGGCGGGAACUAAGGGUGUUUCUGGCAUUUUGGUCCGGGUAGCGGACAAGGCUGUGCUAUGGUCCAAGGCUUGUGGGUGGCUGGCCAGCAACCACGGCGAAUCGGGAGGUGUUGCUCGGUGUGGCGAGUGUAAAGAGUUUUUUCGCAAAUCGGUUCAGAAGUUGUUGGCCCAGACUGUGAAGUCGGACCCACACUCCAACACGAAGACCGAGAGCCUGAGCACCGUACAGAAGAAGAUGCACGCCUUGGCGAUGGAGGACGAUUUUCGAGAAGAAACUUCCGGAGGACAGCGCACAACGAGCAAUCUUCGAGGACCAACUCCGAUGGAACACCAGGAUGGGGAGUUCGAAAGGGUUUCGAUUUCACCCGGCGACGCUGCGAAUCGCCAUUUCUACAUGCACGGGGUGGCUGGAUCGGCGGGGUACAACAUGCUGAGGAACUUCAUCCAUUUGCCCAGUCCUAGGCGCGUUCAACGGCUGGAAGCACAGGCCGCACCUCCGAGGACGGGAGUGCUCGUCGACAACAUCAGGAAGUAUGGCAGGCUGGCCGCCGAGCAAGAUGCGGAUAAGGCGGACCUCACCGGUGUUCUGAGCUGGGAUUUGACGCAUCUCAGCAAGAACGGGUUCGACUUCGCCCCGAAGGAAGGAGGAUUCACGGGGUUGGUGGACGAGGCGACGUUCUUCAACCCCGUAUACCAACGGAAGGUGGAUGAAGACGGAGAUUUGGACAAGCAGUUGGACAAGAUACUUGCGACCAAGUACGUGGAGCGUACCUUCAAUGUACGGGCAACCCGGAGUACAAGUUCGUCGUGUGGCGGGAGGCUGUGCGGUCUCUCAGCACUGACUACAUCCAACGGAUGCUCACGAGGACCAUGCGGUUCCUGGCGAUAG